AUGCGACGUCGAGCGACGGGAGGAAGGGCCCCGCGACCCAUCAUCACAGCGCCCAGCACAGCUUCAAGUUCCGCUGUUCCAUCGGGUAACACCUCAGACGCCGAAUCCGCCAUGAUUGACUCCAUCGCCUCGCUUACCAGCAACAUCGCAUCCCUUACUGUCGAUAUACCGCUAUCGAACAAACCAAAGAAGAAGAAGGCACCACCUUUUCGCUUCUUUGAUCUGCCGUCAGAGUUACGCCUGAGGGUAUUCGAUUUUCACUUUGCAAACGUUGGCGAUGUUCUCGAUCUUGACCAUGACAACUACCAGCGCAUCCACAAGAAGCUCAUCAUCUUCAAGACCUGUCGGCAGAUGUAUCGAGAGGCCAGCUACGCCUUCUACAGUACGCAUGCCGUUCGAAUCUUCCCCAUUUGGGGCAAGUUUUUCAAGUCCAAGAAGCCACUGCUUGCGCGCAUGUCUGCGAACCAGCGAUCCAGCCUGACUACUCUCGAACUCCGACUUGGCCCAGGUUGGAACCGACCUCCGCGUGGCUGGGUUGUCAACGAGGCACUUGGUCUGAAAGGCUGCGUCAACGUACAUCGUAUCAAGGUAUUCGUGGAAUGCGACCCCAGCAAUGACAUCUUCAAGGGAUUCCGUCGUUCAGACGGAUUUUACGAAAAGUUCUCUCAGGAUAUCUUGGAAGCUAUAUUGCACGAGAUGCCAUGGUGCAGGCUUGUCGAAUUCGAUGCGAAUCCCAGUGUGAGAAAGAACGGUGCCAUGAUGAAGGGACUACUAGAUACGACCAGCAAGAUGGACUGUAAACUCGCCUGGGGACCCGAGAAGGGCUGGGAUGACGGAGAGGAGAUUAUUCCUCCUGAACCUAUUCCCAAUAAUGAGCCCAUCGGCAUAGCCGCCAUCGUGGACGGCCGCAUGAUUCCGGCAAACACGGGGUUAAAUCCGAACUACGACCCCAAUAUCAUAACGUUUACCUCAUAA